UCAAUGUAAUCUGGAAAAUUUGACAGCUGUCACUGUCAGUGUUAAAAUAGUUAAAAUAAACUUAUAACCUCAAAUGUAAUAAAUUUACUGAAAUAAAUAGUUUUACGUGGAUUUAAAACACAAUGAAUUCGUCGAUUGUUAAAUUGGCACAGUACAAUCUACUUCAGAGUCCACAAGCACCUUCAUGGUGUGCGGUGUUGGCCUCGCAGCUCCACACGUCGCCAGCGCUAUGUCGGGUGGUGUCCGGAAAGUACAGAAUUACCAAGAAACGUGACAAGCCUCUUACUUACGAGAUGUCCAACCCUCCUCACUUCAUAGCCCACAGAAAGUCGUGGAACUCAUGGAAUACAUCCAGUUUGAAAGAUGGUCUACGCAGAUCAGAAACAGCUGUUGAGGAUGAGUUCAUCAGAAGAUUCAUGUCUGGAACGUGGCAUGGUCUAAUGUGCAGCGAGGUAAUCAUAAAGCGUCAAUUCAACCACAUCCGAGUGGCGGCCAUCAUCAGGCGAGCCGUGUCUCCGACCAAGAUGUACUUCCUGCUCGGCUACACGGAGGAGCUGCUCGCCAACUGGCUGCAGUGCCCCGUCACCCUCGAGCUGCAAACUGUUGACAGCUUCAAAGAUGUUGUGUUCAAGUAUAUUUAGGUGGCUAUUAAUUUGUUGUUUUUUUGUAGAUAGUCUUAGCAUUAAAUAGUGAAUUAAGUUAA